AUGUCAAACUUUUCGCUUUAUACCCUUGUAUGCCUCUACACAGUCGUAUACUCACCCAUAGUCCGUGGAGACUCUCCUGCAAAUUCUGAGAGCUCCAUCAAAGACAUACCCCAAGGAUACGGGACUUUUGGUUACGAGAACGCUGGAGGCUUGAUACCAAACGGGAGAGAAUCACUGCUGAGUGACCCUGAGAUUUCACCACUCCGUCCCGGAAAUGUGGAGGUUUACGAAAAAGGAGGACCGGGCAAGACAGAUGAAUCACCAGUUGAGAUUGGAUCAGAUGCCAGAAUAUUGAAAAGGAAACGCAAAGGGACGAACAAAAGGAAGGAUAGAAAAAAGAAGGGAGGAUUCUUGAGCAAGAGAGACAAGAAAAGGAAGAAUAAGAAAAGUGGAAGGAGAGUAACAAGACGGGAAAUGAUCUCCUCCAAGGAGAGGGACUCCUAUGACAUUAGUGAUGAUGAAGAUAAUAAGAGAAUAGACAAGAAGGAAAGUGGUGGCAAGUAUAGGAAAAUAGGCGAGAAAGAAGAAGAGGAUGACAACGAUAAAAAGGACGAUGAUGAUAAUGGCAAAAAGGGCGACGGUAAAAGUGAAUCAGAGGAUAGUGAUAAAGAUGAGGGAGAAGAAUCAAAGUUUAAGUUGGACAAAAAGUACUGGGAUCCCGACCUUCUUGAACCAGAAUACAUAAUCAGUGAGUGGUUUGCGAUAAUGGACGGUAAAAAAUUCAAGGAGGUCCACAAGACAAAAAUCCCAUACGUGUCGGAAUCUGAACGAGCCUACAACAUUAGAUACCUAAAAGAUAAAAAGUCUAGUUACUUGAGGAACCAGUACACGUCAGGGGCGUUGUACGGAGCCAAUAGUGAUUACUCAAAUGAUGAGACAGACUACAUAAAACCAGUGGACACAGAAACACCUUCCGGUCAGGACGAUAGUCAAGAUAGCAAUGAGGAUAACACAAGAGACCCUGGUAGCGACAAAGAUGAAAAUGAAAACAACAAUAGAGCGGCAGAACUCCGUCAAGAGAAUGGGCCAGAGGAUGGAUCUGGGGUCGGAGUAGACGAACCAACCAACCAGGAUCCAGAUCAGUCCUUGGACGACAAAAAUUCCGAUCAAUCUGUUGACGGAGCAUUUGAUUCAGUUGAUACAGAUCAGAAUUCCGACGUAGACAGCGGAGUUCAACCCCCUAGAGACCAGGAACUCAAAUCCCGGAAUAGCAACGACAAUGUACACGGUACCAGCGAUAGACAACUCGGAGUAUCUGGAGGAAAUCGCAGACGAAAUCGUCGGGGUGAUAGACGCAGGAGUCGCUCGCCUGAGAGGGACACUCGAGACGCUCUCGCACAUGUAGAUUCCGAUAAAAAUGUUGCAGAGGAAGACGUACAAAAUGGUGUAGAUCCUGAGUUUGGCGACGCUUCAAAGGAUGUGGAUGGUUCCACAAGGAACGUUGACGAUCCCCUCAGAGACGAUGAUGAUUCUCCUAGGAAAAUUAACGAUACUUCCAGGAACGUCGAUGGUUCUCCCGGAGACAUUGAUGACACUUCUGAUGACUUUGAUGAUUCUAGGAAAGUUAGUAGUUCUUCCAGAAGCGUUAAUGAUACUUCCAAGGAUGUUGGUGAUGAUUCUAGGAAAGUUAGUAGUUCUUCCAGAAGCGUUAAUGAUACAUCCAGGGACAUUGAUGACACUUCUGAUGACUUUGAUAGUUCUAGGAAAGUUAACAAUUCUCCCAGAAGUGUUGAUGAUAAUUCUGACACUGGUAACGAUGAAUCGGAGAAUGAUUCUAAAUCGAUUUCUGAAGACGUUGUCCCGCUCGGAUACUCUGACAAGGAAUCACCGGAUAAACAAGACGAUGAAGAACGCUCCAAGGAGAAUUCAUCCCGACUUCGUGGAACAAGGAACAUGAAAAGGCAGCCAGAUAGCCAAUGCCAAAAGAAACUUGCAGCGUUACAGAAGAGAUAUAAUGCACUAAAGAAGAGGUUAAGCUAA